AUGUCGUUCACUGUCGGAAAAGGGCAAUUAGAGGAGCCCGUGGAGCUGCUUCGGAUAGCCCUUGACGAAAGGGUGUUCGUUAAACUGAAAGGUGAUCGAGAACUCGUUGGGACUCUACACGCGUACGAUCAGCACCUGAACCUUAUUAUAAGCGAUGCCGAGGAAACGCUACAAAAAGCUGAACUUGAUGAGGAGACUUACGAGCAGAUCGUGAGACAGGAGAGACGCAAGCUUCAGCUGGUUUACGUCCGCGGCGACACGGUAUUUCUCGUGAGUCCGCUUUUGCGUCAUACAGGAACCUUCCUGUGA